AACAUACGUUCAAUUUCGUCAACACUGAAAUUAUUUUCAAGAUUGUUAAAUAUUUCAGUGUAAUGUGGUAUACAAAUCUUUGUGACCCCUUUGUAUAGUUUAUUAGCAAUCAAAUAGAUUCACAAUGGAGGAAAACAAGUCUAUCCUACACGAGUUAUACGUGUUUUCUGAAUGGAAACCUGAACCCGAAUACAUCCAAAAACCGGAUAAUAUUCUUCCGGAAAAUAUAUCAACUCUCUGGCGAUGGUUCAAGUUUUUCGGUCCCAAAAAGAGCCUCAUUGACAGCAUAGCAGCAUGCAAGGAAAGACAGCAAAAGUGGCACAUAGCGCUCGGGGACGAAGGCAAGGUGAUUGCAGUCCUGACUGAUAAUAUUCUGGAGAUCAGGACAAAGCGCUCGGAGUAUGCCACUAUAGCGGCUCGGACUACAGUUUCCCGAGAUGCAUAUCCCCAGUGGCGCAAGUUGGUGUGGAGUCCGGACUGCUCAUUCCUGGCCAUGGCUUACGGGAAUGGUGUAGUCAGCUUCUUUGACCUGACAGCUUCCAACCUGUUUAAUAUACCUGCUGACUGUACAAGACCGGGUGGGCUAGAGUGCACUGACAACACCCAUGCAGUUGCGGACAUCAUAUUUAUGCCACUCAGGGUGAAGGACAACAAAUGGAACUGGGAAGUCCUGGUGGUGACAUACGACGGUCGGAUCCGCGGUUUCCUGAUAUCCGUGGAGGGCUGCGAGCUACAUCACUCAUUCAGCUUCCCCGGAGGCGCCGGCACUGUGGUCCACUGCUCCACCCAUGCUACACUCCUGGUGGCUGGCCUGCCGCGGGCUGCAGUCAAGGACCCGUCUUCACCGUUGAGCGCUGGCAUCACCGCCUGGCGCAUACUGAACGAAGCCCCGUGGUACAAGCUCUCAGUGGUAUCCGACCAGUUGGAGACACAGCUCGCCAACCAGGGCUUCCAGUUCUAUGUGCCCUUCGCGUCUGCUAAGAACUUGGCCUUCAUAGUCCAAAUGGUGGUAUCCCCAGACAACUCGAAGCUGGUCUGUCUGCACUGCAACGGUGACGUCACGGUCUGGCGUCUCCCGCUCCUGAAGCUGCUGCACCGCUACCCGCUACCAGCGCAGCCUCAGUGCGACCUGCAGAACCCGCUCGUGAAGCAGGAGAAUGACGCCUUGUCGCACCACGCCAGUGACGUCAGCUGGUGGAGUGACGAGGAAGUGAUUCUCUCUCGGUUCAGCGGAGCAGUGUCUGUGUGCAACAUAGAGAAUAUGAUCAACAUCCUGGGCAAGAAACCGGAGUUCUUCCAGGGGGCACCCAGGGUGACGAUGGCUCACGCCGGGACAUUCAUGGUGCUGGAGUGCGAGUCCAACGUGCUGCCGUCCAAGAGAGCCCGCAGCGAUGACAGCCUGGAAAUGGUACAAAUCGAACCCGACACGGAAGACACGAUGCUAGACCUGACUAGAGAACUCUUCAAGUCAGUCAUGUUCGCGAUAACCGACAUGGAGACUUUUCAACCGCGGCCGAAAAGAGUCACGGUUGUCGCUCGGGUGUACAGACUACUUGGAGUUAGGAGUACUACACCGCAGGAGCUGUUUUCUAGGAAGAUCGAGAGCGGCAACUACACUGAGGCUUUGGCAUUGGCAGAGGAGUUUGGACUAGACAGUGACUUGGUGUACCAGCAGCAAUGGCGCAAGAACCCAGUUUCCACUGAUGCUAUUCAAAAAUACCUGAGCAAAGUAUCGAAGAAGAUCUGGGCGGUUCAUCAGUGCGUGGAUCGACUGCCAGAAACCUUGCCAGCCGCCAAGGAGCUUCUACACUUCGGUCUCAAGUUGACCAACGAGGAGAUACUUAACGAAAUAAAUAAGGACAGAGAGGAGAAGAUUGAUGACCCAGAUUUGAUAGAGUUGUCAGACUUGAACGCGUACACUAGUGAGCUACUCCGAUGUCGGCAUGUCAUGUUGUUCUACCGGCAGCGCGUCUCGCUCUAUGAGGCGAUCCUCCGUUGCGAGAAAUCCACCUACGUGAAAGACGAAUACGACCGCCUCCGCGCCAACAGCCUCGUCCACAGCUCCGUCGAGCUCGCCAAGGAGGGCCGCAUCUCGGCGCUCGCGUGCCUGUGGCCGCACAUCCCCGCGGCGGGCGGGCAGCUGGCCGUGCUGGCCAGCCUGCCGGAGACGAGCUGCCCGCGCCGCUACCGCCACCUGCUGCCCGCCGCUCCCGGGCCAGCGCGCCGCCCCAGCCCGCGGCCCGAGGACUGCGUCGGCGACUGGUGCAGGAAGGAGGGCUUCAGAUCUAUUUGGAGCUCGAACUGGUCUGAAGACAGCUCGCCAGACACCGAAACUGCUGCCAACGACGAUAUAUCCCAGUGGUAUGAGAAACGCGCGCGCGAGAUCGAAGCAAAAAGCGGUCUCGCGUCUCAUGCGCUAACUCUCGCCACCAUCGCGGCCGAGACUUGUGGAGUAACUGGCCUUGACUCGCUGAUCUUCCAUCUCCUAACCCUGGAUGUAUUGCUGUAUGACCUGAAUGUGGAGGGGGUGACGUUGGAACAGCUGGAGAAACUUAGUGCGCUUGAGACCUGUGGGUUACUCAUGAAGAUGUCAACGCCGAAGACCUUUGUAGCAGACCUGAAGCAGUUCGUGAUCCCGUUCCUCAAGCGCUACGAGACACUGACGAAGCGCGCCGACUGCGUCGUGCAGGGACUCAUGGACUAUCUGGAGAGCGUCAGCGUCGACGACUUGUCUUCUAUAUUACUGGUACUACAAUCUCCCAACGAGUUUGAGCUCGACGUCCGCACGCAUUUAGAUCUGGCCGAGAAGUGCUUGUACGCGUACAACGGUACGGAACAGUUGGACAAGGCGUGUGACUUGCUUGACACAAUAUUAAAAGAAACAGAUGGAAGCAUUUCUGAAAGCGAGCUGAUCCGCCGAUGCGCUGAAUUGGAGAAACUAGUCGCAGCGAGUAGUCUGAUCAACUGGAGAGGGGUCCGGGUCACCGUUCAGGAGCUGAAGGAGAUGCCACGCGAUAAGGAAAGGGCCAGGAUGCUGCUGGCCAGGGUGGCUAGAGACAAGAACCGCGAAGAGAAAUGGUCGCAGCAAGAGUGGGAGAAACUGCUGAAAGAUUUGCUCGAGUUGCAGUCUACUUUACUGAACUGUGUCAGCAAGGAGGAGGUUUACGAGAUAUACGCCUCAUCGCUCCUGACCUCUGGUGACGAGGCGAGCAUCAAACUCGCGAGUACCGUGCUCUCGUGCGGCGGCGCCACUCGCCUCGUGCCGCCGGCUCGCUCGGCGCAGCUCGUGGCCGCCUGCGCCAGGGAGUACUUCAACUCUAGCGGGGAGCUACGGGAACCGGCGCUGCAGAGAGCCAAGUGCGCUUUAUCUCUUAUUCAAGACGAAAACGAAGAGAUACAGAAGGAGCUGGAUCUCAUCGCUUCGUUGGAAAUACUGAGCGCUUUCAACUUGGACAUACUUCCCAUUCAAGUCCGCCUGUGCGAAGACCGACUGACCCUCAUCGAGAAGUGUCUACAGUCUGACCCGAAUGCUUAUAUGGCGAGCAGCAAGCUGCUGAAGCUAGCCAAGCUGUUGCGCGUCGCUGGCGACGAUGAUCAUGCCAGGGAAGGCCAAGUACUUCAACUAGUAGCGUCGGCCGCCGUCGCCGCGGGCGCGGGGGGCUGCGCCGCCGCCGCCGCCGCCGCGCGCCGCCUCGCCGCGCUUCGGUGCGCUCCCGCCGCGCCGCUGCUUGCGCACGUCGCCAAGAGCGCGCAUGCUCAUGCCGACACUGAUGCGAGGAGAGCGCUGUAUGCGGCCGCGGCUACAUAUGCCGACCCGAAGGAUAUCGAACAGAUAUUAAAAGAUAGAUUAUCGCUAGAGCUGGAGGGUCUGCAGCAGACGGCGGCGGCGGCGCGCGAACACGCCAGCCUUGUGGAGCGCUGGCCUUCAACGGACGAUGAAUUUGUUGACGCUAUCACUACUCCCGUGAUAGAGAAGAAGGACCUGGUGGCUGCGGUGGAGAAAAAGGUGCCGCUGUUCAACUACCUGCUGGAUACCUUCCAAAACAAGUUCUCCGGAGGCGGUGACACAAAACCCCAGCCAACCGACGCGUCAGACCACUCCAUCUACUGCCAGGAGUUCUACCGAACCCUGUACCCCGAGCACAAGACCUCCGACUCGUACUACACCUACUCCACCUUCAGCGUGCCCAGUCCCCACGAGCAGAGCCAGGCUCAGGCCGUGCUCAAGUGGUACUACGUGCAGAACUGUCUCGACAACAGCUCGCCGCAGCUAGAGGGGGAAGUGGUCCAAAAAGUCGCCGAAGAGCUCCUAAACAAAGACACAGCUCUCAGCGUGGCGUGCCUGCUGCGCUCAGCGCGCGACUCUCGGCUCUGGAAGCUGCGCCACUCCCGCGCCGCGGUCAGCGCCGCUCUGUACGCGAACGUUCUCGAAUGUUCCGCGCCCGAGCUCAGGGACAACGUCUACCUUACCAAACCCAAGCAGCUAGCCCGAAUGACUCUCGAAGGGCAGACGGCGUCCGACGAGCAGAUGGAAGUGAUCCGGCGCUGCCUCGCCAAGCUCAGCGGCUGCGGCGAGGUCGAACAGAUCAAGGCUUUAGGCGUCAACGUCAACGGCUUACUGUUCUCCGCAGACCCUGACUACCGGCAGGAGAUCGUCUACAGACUCGCCAGGUCACCAAACCCCGAGCACCUGGAGUUGGCGUGUUCCCUAGCCUCCAAAUACGACCUGGACGCUUUAGAAGUGUGGCUGCAGCACGCGGACAGCGACCCCACACUCGCCAGCUUACUGUCCAGUGUGCCUUGCGGCGACGCUACCACUCAUACUCGUAUCUGCGAAGGUCUCUGGCCCAAGAUCACCGGUUCCAACCACCAUGCUUUAAUAAACUUCUUCACAAUACUCAAGAAUGUGGACGAGAAACCGUUACUCUGGGGCCUGACGGCGGCUGAACACAUCAAACUGCUGAAGAAAGUCAAGGCUGCUUCGAAUGAGUUGGACUACAAGAUCCUUCUAGAACCCGCUUCGGAAGCAGAGUUCACCUCGCACAUACUCUCCGUGAUGCGACCAGAGACCGCCGGCAUGGUCACCAAGCUGCUGCGGACUCUACCCCCGGCCUUCCGCCUGCCUCUACCGGUGCAUACGCUCUACACCGUGUGGCUCACUCACUACUUCUACAGUGAGCCGAGCACCGGGUCUGUGAGCAACAAGAAGUGGAUGCAGCGCUACCGGCAGUGCGCGAGCUACUUCAACAAGCUCGCCAAGAAGGAGCUGCUGCGCUUCCUGGCCGACACCUGCUUCAGUCCCCAGGCCCUACAGCGGGUCCCCGCGGGCACUCGGAGCCUGAUGCUGAUGCAAGCUGUGGACUACUGCCAGCAGGAGCAGGAGAACGACUUCAAGUUCACCAAGGACGAGUUGUCGUGGACGCAGGUCGGGCAGGAGCUGACGCGCUGGGCGCGCUUCCUGGAGAACUACCACUCGGACACCAUCCAGGGCAUCGUGGGGAACGGCGGCGUGUCGCGACACGAGAUAUGGCCGGAGAUAGAGCAGAGCCACGGGGACCCGACGACGCUAGUCCCACUAGUGGGCCGCCUCGUGCUGGGCGGGCUGGGCUCGGCGGCGCUGGGCACGCUGCUGCAGUGUCUGCACGUCGCCGCCGACGCUGCGGGCGUGUUGCGACACCUUGCUGACAACAGUGGACCCAGGUGCAUAGCAGUCCCACUAGUGGGCCGCCUCGUGCUGGGCGGGCUGGGCUCGGCGGCGCUGGGCACGCUGCUGCAGUGUCUGCACGUCGCCGCCGACGCUGCGGGCGUGUUGCGACACCUUGCUGACAACAGUGGACCCAGCGACAUUCCAGCCCUAGUGACCCGCAUCAUCCAAUACCACAAAGAAGGCAUCAAACUCCCCGAAGACCUGAUAGAAACCGUCAUGGCCAAAGCCACUGAGGCCGGUCUUCCCCCUCACAAGCAGAUCGGCCUACUCGCCUUGAGCGAUAAGGGGAAGAUGGAACACACGGGGGACGUGGCUAAGGUGGCGCGGUACACUGUGGACUUGAUCAAGACGGAGUUUGGUAAUGAGGAGUACGCUGAGCAGUUGACAGAGGAACAACUGAUGACGGAUGGAGGCAGACGACAGGCGCUCACACAGUUGCUAGAACUCGCGGACACGUUCGCGCGCAGGAAGGCGCUCGUGGACGUCGUCAACUGCUGGCCGCCCAGUCGGGACAGCGAAUCCCGCAGCAUCCAGUUCCUGUACCUUCAGAACUUGUUGUCCGACUGCGAACAGCACGAGGCGAGGGUAGUCAUCAAACUGUUGCUGCGGCGACCACAACUGACACCUCAGGAAGUCAAAUUACUAACCUCGGACGUUUCGGGCGAGUCAAUUGUCAGCGCGCUGUGGGUGGUGUUGUUGGCCAAGAGCGACCGGGAGCAACUACUGUACCUCGCCAACAAACACAAGAACUACCUCUCGAGCAUAGUGGAAAUCGAAGACGACCUGAUUAAAGAGCUACUCGACAACGACUAUUUCACCGCCAUAGUCCCCACGCCGCUCUACUCCGCGGCCAUCAACUACAUCGUGGGCAGCGAGGCCGCGGACAACGCGUACUCCAUAGAGUGGGCGGUCGCGGAGCUGCGCCGGCGCCGCCACAGCGCCGAGGCGGGCCAGCUGCAGCUCAUGGCUGUGGGCGUGCCCGCCGCGCUGCGGGGGUUCACGCAGUCUGUGUUGUAUUGUAGGAAUUUGUUUAAGAACUAAUGCAGGUUAUGGCAUAACUUAUUGAAUUAUUAAAUGAUGCAAUCGG